AUGGCUUCGACUACGGACUAUUAUGCCCUGUCCUGCGGUGUGAUCGCAGCUAUGUGCAACGGCGCGUUGAUGCCUGUGUUCUCCCUCUUGUUUGGCGACUUCGCUAGUGCGUCUGCUGGUGGCCUUGACGGGUUCAUGGAUAGAGUCGUCACUGUUACGUGGCAGAUGUGUAUCCUCGCUGGCGUUGCCCUUGUUACAGGAGCUAUAUUCAAUACUUGUUUCACGUACUUCUCUGAGAAUCAGGCAUCUCGUCUGAGAGUAAAGUAUUUGCAAGCAGUGAUAGGUCAAGACAUAGCAUGGUUCGACAUGAGGACCCCUGCGGCAAUCCCGUCGCGUAUGGCUGAGGACGUCCUCAAGGUUCGUGAUGCUAUUGGCUCUAAAGCAUCCAUGUGCUGUGUGAACAUUGCCAUGAUGGUUGUUGGGUAUAUAAUAGCCUUCUACAGAGGAUGGCAAAUCACCCUCGUUAUGAUGAGUUCUCUACCACUUAUCAUGAUUGCCGGCUUCCUCAUGGCGAAGACUAUGUCAAGCCUUUCUUCGGAGGGCCAGACACAGUACGCUGCAGCUGGUGCUGUAGCAGAGGAAGUACUCGGAUCGGUGAAGACCGUAGCUGCAUUUGGUGGGGAGAAGCGCUCUAUGGUGAAGUAUGCUCUCGUUGUUAAAGAUGCACUGAGAUCUGGAAUACGCGGGGGCAUUUUUCGAGGGCUUUCUAUUGGCUUUACUAUGGCAGUUCUAUUCUGGACAUAUGCUCUCACCUUUUGGUAUGGUGGUUCUCUGAUUCGUGAUGGUGUGACGAAUCCAUCCACAGGAUUGCCGUAUCAAGGCGGUGAUGUCCUCACUGUAUUCAUGUCUGCCAUUAUGGCUACUUUCUCCCUGGCCCAGAUCGCCCCCCAUGUGCAAGCCUUCGCUGAGGGGUGUGCUGCUGGUGGGAAGAUCUAUCCGCUGUUCGAGGAGAAGGCCUUGAUCGAGCCAGAGGUGCGUCGUUUGGCCGACAUGGACGAGGCUGAGGCUAUAAAACCGCCACAACUUGACACUUUCGAGUUGGAGAAGGUGAAGUUCAACUACCCUGCUAGACCGGAACUACAGGUCAUCAAAGGCGUGUCGUUGAGUAUCGAACGUGGUGAGAAGGUAGCUUUCGUUGGUGAAUCCGGCUCGGGCAAGUCUACUCUGGUGCAGCUCAUCGAGAGGUUCUACGACCCCGUGGAAGGACGGGUUCUGGUCAAUGGUGUUGAUAUCAAGAGUAUGCCAGUUCACCAGCAUCGUGCUUUGUUUGGUUAUGUUGGGCAAGAGCCGUUCUUAUUCGCCGACAGCAUUCGCAACAACCUCACGUACGGUCUGGUUGGUAAGAAUCUCCCGUCGGAGGCGGCCAUCAGAGAUGUAUGCAAGAAGGCUCAGAUUCUCAACUUCAUUGAAUCGCUGCCACAAGGGUUCGACACAUAUGCUGGUCCUGGCGGUAGUCAGGUUUCCGGUGGUCAGAAACAGAGGAUUGCUAUUGCGAGAGCCCUUCUGCGCCAUCCUCAAAUUCUCUUGCUCGAUGAGGCUACGUCAGCUCUUGAUAAUGAGAGUGAGAAGAUGGUUCAAGCUACUAUCGAUUAUUUGCAAACGACAGUCAGCAUCACGACCAUCUCGAUUGCCCAUCGUUUGUCUACUAUCAAGAACUCUGAUAAGAUCUUCGUUAUGCAUCUGGGGAAUUUGGUCGAGCAGGGCAACCAUGAGGAGUUGAUGGCCAUGGCUGGGGUGUACAGUGCGUUGGUGUCGGCUCAGGCUGCGGCGAGUACUGAACAUUCUGCUGAGGCUCAUGCUGAGCGCACUCGUCGUUCCUUGUCGGCUGCUGGUGAGAUGUUACGUAAGGCUAGUUCUCAGAGGAAGCAGUCUGAGUUGACUCUAGGGGGUGUAGCCGAGGAGGAGGACCAGGACUUCGAGAACAGGUUGUUGGGUAAAACUGAGGAGGAGAUCGAGGCGGAACGUAAGAAGUUGAUUUCGAAGUCGUACAAAACGCCGUGGAAGCGUCUCAUCGGUUUGAGCCGGAAUGAGAAGUGGUGGUUCAUCCCGGCUAUCUUUGGUGCCUUCAUCUCGGGUGCUGGUUUCCCCUUGAAUGCGCUGCUUCUAGCCCAUGCACUUACCGCUUUCUAUUACCCCCCGUUGUUGAUCAUGGAUCGGGUCAGCACAGUGUCGCUGUAUUAUGUGGGACUGGGCGCGUUGCUCUUUGUUGGACAUGUGAUGCAGUCGUUGGGGUUCUCGGUCAUUGGUGAGAACUUCACAUGUAAUGUUCGUAAGCAGUGCUUUAACAAGAUAGUUGAGCAAGAUAUGGGCUUCUUUGAUUUCCCCGAGCACGCGGCUGGUAAGCUGACGGCUUCCUUGUCGACCUAUGCUGUGAAAAUGAACUCCAUCACUGGAGCCUCGCUGGGUAUUUACGCCCAGGCUGUGACCGGUAUGGUCGUAGGUGCAGUCAUUGGGUUUACAGGCUCUUGGCAGUUGACUCUGGUUAUGCUCGCUAUGGUGCCCUUCCUGGGCAUCGCUGCGAAGGUGAACAUGUCUGUUAGGGUUGUGGGCAAGAAGGAGCAGGAUGAGCUUAAGCAAGCCCAGCUAGUUGCAUCAGAGGCCAUUCAGAACAUGCGCACGGUUAGAGCGUUUAUGGCAGAGUCGUGGACGGUGGAGGCGUAUGAUCGUUAUGCUGCUAGAUCGAGUAAUACUAGUUUCUCAGCGGCAUCAGUUCGUGGGCUUACUUUUGGUGCUUCCAACUGCAUCAUCUUUCUUGCUUACGCUAUCGGGUUCUAUUAUGGUGGCCAUCUUAUGGUGCAUGAGGGUCUGAGCUACACUCAUAUGCUGCAGGCGUUGAUGGGCAUCAUGUUUGCUGCUAUGGCUGUCGGGCAGGCUAUGGCCUUCCUCCCUGAUGUCGCCGAGGCUAAGGUUGCUGCUCAUGACGUGUUCGAAAUCCUUGAUACGGAGUCUAAGAUUAACGCGGUAACUCCUGAUGGGACCGUCUGUGUUCUUGGUGAUGGUAUUAUCGAAUUUAAGGAUGUUCACUUUUCGUAUCCGACUCACCCGGAAGUUGAAAUUCUAAAGGGUGUCUCCUUCCGUAUUGAGCCCGGUCAGCAGGUGGCUUUUGUUGGGCCCUCUGGUAGCGGUAAGUCUACAGUGAUGGCUCUCAUGCAGAGGUUCUAUGACGUCAAUGGCGGCAGUGUAUGUGUUGGAGGAUCGGAUAUUCGUAUGUUGGACAUCUCCUGGUGGCGAGGCAAGAACGGUUAUGUUGGCCAAGAGCCUGUGUUGUUCGACAUGACUCUUGCUGAGAAUGUCCGUUACGGUAAGGAGGAUGCGUCUAUGGCUGAGCUGGAGAAGGUUGCUAAUAUGUCCAAUAUGGAUUAUGUUACUUCUAUGGGAGGCAGCGUGAAGUGGGACGAUCCGAUGGGUCCGAAAGGUUGUCGUCUAUCUGGCGGUCAGAAGCAGAGAGCAGCUAUUGCCAGAGCUCUUGUGAGAGAUCCUCACGUUAUUUUCCUCGAUGAGGCUACGAGUGCAUUGGACUCUACUAGUGAGAAGAUCGUCCAGAACGCCAUUGAUGCCGCCUCGGUUGGUCGUACCAGUGUUACAAUCGCUCAUCGUUUGUCGACAGUUCGAAAUUGUGAUGUAAUAUAUGUUGUUGCUGAUGGCAAGAUCGUCGAAUAUGGUGACCAUGAUGCUCUUCUUGCUAAGGGGGGAGUGUAUUAUGAUCUUUACACUAAGGGGCAAAAAUAAUUAUCCUCUACAAGAUUUGAGGUGGCUCUAAUACUAUGAUAAUGACCCUGAGUGGAAUCUGUUGUCGGUUUACUUUGGGUUCAACAACAAAAUGACGAACUAUAAUAGCCAUCAUAAUAUUGUAAUCUUUACGUUUAUUUCUGCGAUCGUUCGAUCGUUUACUAUCAUCAAUAAAAACUUAUUGCUUUCCCUCGUUGCAGCAUAGCAUAAUAGAGGCGUUUCCGAUCUCAACAACUCGACAAUUGUAAGCCGCUUUUCAAGAUGUGGUAGUCAUCACUGAUGUGGCUAUUCCAUUGUCGUUCGAGUGGUAGUCAUCAGACUUUGGUAGUUGACAAGUUACUUACC